ACAUGAAUUCUGGACAGUCUGGUUUACAAAUUACUUCAAGUUCAAAAUCAUGAUAAGAAAUGUUUAUAUACCUGAAGAAGUCUCACAUCUGUUAACAGAUUAUUUAGGAGCCUGAAUGAUGAGAAAGUUGGAGAUAAAAGGAUAGGCGAUGCAUCUCCUUUCUUUACAUGAAAAAGUGCCAUGAGAUAGAGAGAAGUUGUGGUUGCUUGAGAAGUAAACUGGUGUCCAGGAGGGAACUGUUCUGUGGAAUGCUGAUAGGGGAGGGGAAGGGAGGGUUUGGUGCGUUGGUGGCAACAUCACGCUAGAGACGGUCCUUUAUACGUGGAAGCUGAUGAGACAGAAGAUCCCUUUAUCCCUUGAUUGUGAGAGGAACUUGUCCUAGCUGCUGUUUUAAUGAAGUAAUCGACUCAACUUCCUGAGCUGGACUAAUCGAGAUUUUGAAGCCUAAUUUCCCUGUAGCAAUAACAGUUUGCCCGAAACAAUGAAGGUUCUUAAUUUUACUGGUCCAGUGACACUCAUACCAGGUUGCUGGCACAUCUUGUCACUACAGUUUAACGCUGGGAAAAUACCUAGAACCCUAAACACGCACCUGAUCAUUGUAAUUGGGUCCGGGUUAAUGCUCAAGCUCCCUUUGCACCUCUGUUCAGUUCGCAUGCAGGGGAAUGUGUAUUCUGAUUCAAUUCUGCAGUGUGGUGUAUAUUGCUAUCUAGGGGCAGAAGCUGCUGUGCACUGGCAUAACAGUCUUUCUCUGGAAUCCUCAUCCUGGAAAGUGGAUUCUGAGCUGGGUUUGGAUUUACGACACAAAUGGCAACAAAUGACAGAGAAAAAAGUGAAGAGGAAAAUAUUGUUAGAUGAAGAUCAUCUUACGCAGCAGAAAAUCCAGCAAUCGUUUUCAACUGACUUUAUUUGGCCCCGUUUAACUCGAGACUUUCUAAUAAGCUUCAGUGUUACUGCUUCGCACAACACAACGAUGAAACACUUUGUUUUGAAGAACCCAUCAGAUCUACCAGUCACAGUGCAACUAUUGCCAAUUGCUCAUUAUCCAAAUCCAGAAGAUGUUUUAAUUCUACUGAAGAAAUGGUACAAACUAAGCAGACAAGACAUUAAUGUCACAACAAAUGAAUUUAUGCUGGUGAAGACCCUUGAAAACGAGAGUUCCAAGCACAUGGAAUUGGACAACAAGCCAAGUGAUGGGAUUCUUCAGUUCACUUUACAGCCUUGGGAAGUGAGGAAGAUUGGUGUAGAGUUCACACCAGUAAGACACAGUCUGGUCACAUCACUCAUACUGAUGAGAAACAACCUUACAGUACUCGAUGCAGUGACCGUGGAAGGCUUUGGGGCUAAUGAGAUGCUGAAAGUGGGAGGAAAGCUGCCUGGAGCAGCAGGUUCACUUCGUUUUAAGGUUCCAGAAUCCACGCUCAUGGAAUGUAGAGGCAAGUCAAAAGGAAAUGAACUCAACUUGACCAUCAGGAAGAGUUUUAAGGUUGAAAACAUUGGACCACUGACUAUCUCAGUGAUUUCGAUGAACAUUAAUGGAUACAGAUGUCAAGGAUUUGGGUUUCAAAUUCUAAAAUGUGAACCAUUUGUGUUGGAUACUAAUUCUUCACGUGAGAUCAGUAUUCUGUUUACACCAGAUUUCACCACUUCCUGGGUGAUUCGUGAAUUGCAGUUUUUAACUGCAAGAGGCUUGCAGUUUCAGUUUACUCUGAAUAUGACUCUUCCACAUCAUCUGUUACCUCUUUGUGCAGAUUUGGUGCCAGCACUAAGUUGGGAGCAACCAUUCUGGAUGGUCGUCUGCCUCUUUAGCUGCUUGCUGCUAAUUUGUGUCAUCAUUAUGGCCUACCAACGUGCUCACUACAUUUUAACAGAGUUUAGUCAAUCUAGACAAAGGACAUGCCAGACCUCCCUGCUGCUCCAACAGGACAGAACCUCCAUUAACACACUUGGCUCAACAACUUACAAGUUAAGUCGAACAGGCUGUAAGACAUGCAUUGAAGGCAAUAAUUCGCCAGAUAGGGGAAAAGGAAGAGGGACUCUACAGAUAAACGGAACAUCUAUCCGAACCCAAAAUACCUCAAAACGGAGUCCCAUUAACUCAAGCCAUUGUUCAAGAAAGCUCAAAUAUUACAGCAAAAAUAAAUUGAAUACAUCUGCAAGCAUUGGUUGUGAGACUAGUGAAGAAUAUCAGCAGACCAAUGGUGGGCCAUUUUAUAGUUCUAAAGAGCAGCGGUCGUGCACUGAGAGUCCUCCACAUACGAAGCCACGUGAUGAAAGGUAUGCACCAUUUGCAGGAGAGGAUCUGGAAAAAGUAGAGGAAAUUGUACAAGAGUGUGAAGUUAAACCAUUUUUUCUUGAAACUAAACCUACUACUGAGCAUGCUGAUCAUGAUCCUGUGACCUGUGUACUGUCAGAAGAAAGAAGUUCUGAGCUUCCUUUCCUUGUCCUUGACAAUAAAGAAUUGAAUCACUACGGAUCUUUCCACGCACAUUCUCUAGAUGAUCACCUAGUGCCAGACGAAAGCUUCAGGACUGAUGAAACACAAAUUGUGUCAUCCACCACUAUAGAUAAUCUGCAGCAAGAAACAAUGGAGAAGAUCAGUGAAAAUGUGAAGACAGAAGAACAGGUGCCUGAUGAACCUCAAGAAAAAAACUGUGUGCCAGAGCUACAGAAUGUACUGCCUCCCUUGAUAACACAGAAACUGUCCACAACUGAGCAUAAGACACCAUUGGACAAGGUUAAACAGAAAAGACAAGUGAAAGGCGAAGUUGCAAUUCGUAAUAAAUGGAAGGGAAGAAAACCAUGUGGGAAAAACAAGAAUAUUUCUCUGAGGUCAACUGAUCAGAUAGGUGAUGUGCACAGUGAGAGAAACUACAAUUGCAGACAAAAGGAAGAUGCAUUUCAGGACCAAUCUAGGAAGGUGUGGCAAUAUGGUAAAAAAGAAAAGGCUAACACCCAUACAAAACCAGACAUUUAUCUUAAAGAGGCAGAAAGUGAUUGUUGUUCAAACUGGAAGAUGCUGUUUAGGAAAAUGCGUUCUGGUGAAUCCAGCUCUGAUUCUGGAAGUUCGUCAGACAGUGUGAAAGCAAGCCGUGAUAGCUGGGGAAGCUGGAGCAGUAGCAGUUCUGAGGGAGAGAAGGAUCAAAAUAUCAAUGCAAAAUUGCACUUUGUAUCAUCUGCUGCACAGAAGGAGAGGAUUUUCCGGCAGACUACUUCAAUUUAUAGCUCACCUUUACAAGAACAUCACAGUUCGGGCAAUAGAAGGUUUCUUCAUUUCAGCCACUCUACCAAUAACAACAUAUGUUUAAGAGGUGAUGCACAGCAUUUGACUCCCCCUGACAAAAACCAAUGUCCCACUUUUGCCGCAGUAGCUGCGGGUUUAAAGAAAAGUCCAGGUCUUUACACAACAGUAAAUGGUCAAUGUUUAAAAACCAUUCCUUCUGCAAAUAGUUUGGCAUAUCAUUCAGGGCAUGGUAUGCAGAUUGAGCCACAGCCAAGACCAGCUGCUGAUUACAGUGAUCACUGCAGUAAUGCCCUCAGCACAUUUCAUGAGAAUUACUUCUCUGGUGUUUCUGAAGCCAACCUGAAUUUGUGUCAUCCCUUCAUUUGUACUGAAGGCCAAAAUACAUCAUUUGCUGAUCCAGCUUCCAGUUGGACCAAUUUAGAGGCUCCCUGUAGCUGGUAUCCUUCGAACAAUGUCAGAACUCCUUCCUACCUCUCAGGUACCAGAAGUCUGUCCCCUAUGUCUGGAUUGUUUGGAUCUAUUUGGACCCCACAGUGUGACCCUUACCAAAGCUUCUUCACAUCUGAUAACCCAGUCUCGCACACAUUGGUGAAUGAAAAUCUGGAGUCAACUUAUAUCCAAGAGCAAACAUCCAGUUUUGAUCCUUUUGGCACUUACAUGAACCUGCACAUUUGGAAUUCUUCCUGCAGUCCUGUUUGUAGUUCUCAGCUCUCUAGUGACUCGGAUUAUUAUGGGGAUAUUUGAAUUAGAUUUUUUGUUAAACUAAAGGUGUGCAUAAAAAUAGUUCAAAUCCUUUAAGAGUAUUUAGGUGCAUUAAAUCUCUUUUAUUUUUUUAUGUUUUCUGAUUUUAUACAGAGGAAAUUGCACUUAAUAGGGAAAAAGAACACAAAAUUUUUAAUAAAACUUUUCCAAAUAAAAGGACAAAAAAUGAAA